UCCGAAUUGUCAUGGUGUGUCAAAUUCCUGCUGGUAAGGAGUGAAAAAAUUGGAGAGUGAUGAAAAUAAUCAUUUCUAGAAGAAUCGCGGUGAUUUUUUUUUGUUAAAAUUCAUAGUUAACCGCGAGAUAGAGUAUUUUAAUUUUUAGCACCUUUGUAUAUACCAAUUAUUUGGUAGUGUGAAUUGCCAAAUUAUUACAAAAUGGCAGCCACAAGGAGGUUACAAAAAGAGCUAGGAGAUAUUAGGAAUUCAGGUUUAAAGUCAUUCCGUGAUAUUCAAGUGGAUGAAACAAAUAUUUUGACCUGGCAAGGUCUUAUAGUCCCGGACAAUCCGCCAUACAAUAAAGGAGCUUUUAAGAUAGAAAUAAAUUUCCCCGCCGAGUACCCUUUUAAGCCACCAAAAAUAAACUUUAAAACGAAGAUUUACCAUCCAAACAUAGACGAGAAGGGACAAGUCUGCUUACCUAUUAUCAGUGCAGAAAAUUGGAAACCCGCCACCAAAACCGACCAGGUGAUUCAAGCGUUGGUGGCGCUCGUGAACGAGCCCGAACCCGAACACCCGUUAAGGGCGGACCUAGCGGAGGAAUAUUUGAAAGACAAAAAGAAGUUCACGAAAAACGCAGAGGAAUACACAAAGAAACACAGUGAGAAGAGACCAGCCGACUAAGAACAGCACAGCCAACC